AUGGACACGACCGAGCCGCGGCGCGGGGCUUCAGAGGAACACGACAACACUGAGUCCAACCAUAGCCCCGCGUCCCUGGAAAUCCCACAGGAACUCCCAGAUGACCUCCCCAAGUCACUAGAUGAUCGCCGCUCGGUGCCGGUUUAUCAGCAGGAGACGGAGAUGUACGAUGCGUGGCAGGGGCAAUCUCAAUUCCUUACUACGCCCGUCGCCGCGAAACCGCUCAGCUUCAGCCUGGCCCUAGACGACCACACACACGACCCGGAAACAGACCUACGUGCUCAAUACGGACGAGACCUUGAAGAUAGCGAUGCGCGUCUUAUGGAAAUGCUUGCCGCGCAAGCUGCGCAUCGCGAAGUCGAGUCGCUGGGCGCGGACGAGGAAAGCAUAGCGGAUGACGAGAAGUUGACGACGGCCGAGAAGAAAGAUAUCCUCCAGAAGAGCCUGAACAUGGCAGCGAGUAAUGGAGAUGUCGAGCGGGUGCGAAAGCUGUUGUCCGGUGCGGCGAAAAACUUUGUGGAUGUGAAUAUGAAGGACGAGGAGGGGACGGUACCGCUGAUUUACGCGAGUUGCUUCGGGCACCAGGAUGUUGUCUCGGCGCUUCUUGAUGCUGGAGCGUUCGUUGAUCAGCAGGAUCGGAACCAGUGGAGCGCGUUGAUGUGGGCUAUGACGAAUCGCCAUAAGACUAUUGCUAAGAUCUUGCUGGAUCAUAACGCUUCGCCGGAUAUCAAGUCUUCUUCUGGUGGGACGGCACUUGACUUUGCGCAGCCUGGUAGUGAAAUCUCGGAAUACCUGCAUGAGAAUGGGUAUACUUUUGGUCCGAGUGCGAUUGAAGAUGAUUUCUAUGAUGCUGGUAUGGCACACGGACGGUUCGAGGAGGAGAUUGCUGAGAAUGAGAUGAAGAGGCGGAUGAUGAUGGAAGAAAGUGCCAUUAAUUUGGAGGUUGAUCUGUCUAGUCUUGGGCUGGAUGAGAAGUAUGAGCAAUCAGAUGAAUACGACCUCGAAGAAGAGCAACAGGAAUUUGUCUGGGACCGGUGUCUAAAUGACCAGAUGUUUGUGUUCCAGGACCAUGAGCUGGAGCGCAUUUUGGAUAUCAUUAUCACCAACAUGACACCUCAACGGUCUCCAUCCCAGAAGCCUGUGCCGGCAAAUCUCCUCUUUCUCAGUGCGCGUUAUGCACACUAUCAUGCUAGCCCAGAACUGCUAGCAGAGCUCCUCAGCUCGGCAGCAGAGAAGAUCAAUGACGUUGUCGAGCGCCACCAGUGGGACAUGACUAUGCAAGCAUUCUGGUUAUCAAACGCCACACUGUUGCUACAUUAUCUGAAGAAAGAUCCCGGGUUGCUGGAGUCUACCGUGGAAUUCCAGCUCCAUCUAGCAGAGCUGAUCAACGAAAUCUUCGUCCUUAUCAUUCGUGACGCCGAGCGGCGAAUGAACAAAGUCCUAGAUGAGGCCAUGCUGGACCAUGAAACCAUCCCAGGGCUGGAAGAUGUCGCUUUCCAAAAUGAGUGGAAGCUUUUCCGCAAGAAGAAGUCCGAGACUCCCGAGCCAGCAGAGAAGCGAUUCCGUCCACCAUCCCCACGACGACGAGCACAGAUUUCCCCACGGAACGUCACAUCGCUACUAUCGUCAACCCUUUUUGUCCUAGAUCUCUAUGACGUCCACUCUGUGAUCACAACCCAGAUCCUCUCCCAACUCCUCUACUGGCUUAGCGCCGAGAUUUUCAACAGAAUCAUGAGCACAAGACGCUACCUAGCCCGAACAAAAGCAAUGCAGAUCCGCAUGAAUGUAUCCACCCUGGAAGACUGGGCACGAACCAACAACCGCCAACCAGAACACUACGAAAAUGGCUCAAUGACAAGCACCGGCGAAACAACAGUCGAUGCGGCCCGUCGACACCUAGCACCGGUCAUUCAACUCCUCCAAUGGCUCCAAUGCUUCUCUUCCCUAGGAGACGACCACGAAUCCCUGGUAACAACCCUACUCCAACUGCAGCAACUAUUCCCGAUCCAACUCCUCCACGCCGUCAAAUCAUACAGACCCGAAGUAGGCGAAAAAGGCCUAACGAAACAGGCCAUGAAAUUCCUCCUAGAAAUGCAACGCGAUCCCGAAAUACUUUUCAGGGAACAACAGCGACUGCAAAUCGAGAAGGAAAAAGCUUCUGUACCCAAAGAUGACCGUCCCAAAACACCCUCAAAGGAUGGUCAGUCACAAGGAGAUAUACCUGCGACUCCUGAUCCGGCUCCAUCGCCGGAAUCUUCUAAUCCAGCUGGUAUGGUUGCUGCGACUAGAGGCGAUGACAGGCCUCAUCCUAAUAGUGUUUUCUUGGAUCCUACACUUUUCCUUCCGUUCUCUUUACCUACUAGUACGGAUAUGUUGAUUAGUUAUGGUGCUGGUCUGGGUGGAACGAAUCGUGAGCGAGCGAGAAAGUAUAUUCCUACUGUGCCGCCGGAGGUCCUGAGUCGAUUUGAUCGUGGUGAUGCGUAA